CGUGCGAUUUUUGUUGUUUUGAAGGAGAUAAAUAAUUUCCUGCGCGGAUUUUCCUGGAAAUUGCACCAAGGACUCAAUGGCCAGCAACAGAUUCACCGUGCUGGGACGCAACUUGAUACGCUACAGCAGUCAGGGCGUGCUGCCACGACCGAUCUUUGGGAAUUUUUCACGUUUUAGCAGCACGUCGGCAAAGAAAUCUCCUGGAACACUCAAACUCACCCUGAAGGGACUCGGAUUGGGUCUUGUUCUGGGAACUGGCUAUGCUGGGUACACCUUCGUGACGGAGUCUAAACCCAAGGCGCACCUUGUGAAUGAGAAGGAGGAACUCUUCUUCCUGGACACCUUCCCAAAUGUCAAGAUUACACGGAAGAUUGUCAAUCCUGCGGAUAAAAGUGGGCUGAAGAUUACCCUGUUCCAGUAUCAAACGUGCCCCUUUUGCUGCAAAGUUCGCGCCUUUAUGGAUCACAGUGGGCUUUCGUAUGACAUUGUGGAGGUGGAUGCUGUCCUGCGGCAGGAUAUCAAGUGGUCACCAACAAAGAAAGUCCCCACGAUGCUCAUUAAGACACCAGAUGGGAAGUACCUGCAGCUUACGGAUUCAAGUAUGAUCAUCUCGGCGCUGGCAAGUUUCCUUCGGGACAAGGAGCAAAAUAUCACGGAACUGGCUUCCUUUUAUCCGAGUAUUAGCUACCACGAUGAAAAGGGGAAGAAAAAGUCGGAUAUUAUGAAUAAAUACUUCCUCAUGUUCAAGGACGGAACACCAAGAUCGAUCUCAAAGGAAGAACUCGAGGAGGAACGCAAAUGGCGCACGUGGGCAGACAACCAUCUGGUACAUUUAAUCUCCCCCAAUGUCUAUCGCACCAAGGAGGAAGCUCUGGAGACUUUUGAGUGGUUCUCCGAUGUGGGAGAGUGGUCUGAGCACUUCCCAGCGUGGGAGAGGAACCUCAUGGUGUACGUGGGAGCUGCUGCCAUGUGGGCCAUUAGUAAGCGCCUCAAGAAGCGUCAUGAGUUGUCUGAUGAUGUUCGGGGGCACAUAUACGAUGCUCUGGAUCGAUGGGUGGGUGCUGUGGAGAAGAAGAAGACCCCCUUUCUGGGUGGGAAGAAGCCAAAUCUGGCGGAUUUAGCUGUAUUUGGUGUCCUCAGCAGCAUGGAAGGAUGCAGAGCCUUCACGGAUUGCCUGGACAAUACACAAAUAGCUGGAUGGUUCUAUGCUGUCAAGGAGCAAAUAAUGCGGAACCGCGGGACGGUGGCCUAGGACGAAGGCCAACCACAGCCAACAAUCAGAACUCCUUCAUUCUAUAGUAGAGAAUCCCUCCAGCUUCAUCACAAAUGGCUAAUGUUACGCUGUUCAGGUAAUAAAAGAAAUUUAUUAGCUUA